AUGUCAAUCAAGACCCUUGCCAGCCUGGCUGUUCUUCAGCUUGCGUUUGCUGUCGGACCUGAAGAUAUUCGGACAGACCCAUUGACGGAAGGCCCAGAGCUUGAGAUCGUCCACUACUACACCGGACAAUGGCCAACGGGUAUUGCUGUAUCCAACGUAGGAAGGAAGUUCUCCUGCUAUCCUUCUGCACUUGAUGUCGCCAACACAUAUAAUGGCUUGGUGCCUACAAUGCAGGUUGGAGAAUUGACAGACAUGGACUCAGAAGUCGCAUAUCCAAACGCAUCGUACAAUCAAAGUCCUGGAGGUGCUGUAAACCGACUUGCCAUCCCGGCCGUCACCAAAGGCGACAGCAAGCAUCUCUUGGGUGUGCAGUCCGUCAUCAUCGAUUCUCAGGACACUCUGUGGAUCCUCGACACCGGCCGAGUCCAGGAUUUCCAGGACCCGAACCAUCCCAUACUGAAUGCCACCGUCCCUGGCGGUCCCAAGCUCAUCAACAUCAACUUAAACACAAACCAAAUCGUCAAAACAAUCAUCUUCAACACCGACCUCGUCCACCCAGACUCCUACCUAAACGACGUUCGAAUCGAUCGAAACCCAAAGCUUUCCGGGACCUCCGGCCAAGGUGCAGCGUACAUCACCGACAGCUCGCUCGAAGGUGACAAUGCCAUCAUCUUUGUCGACUUGGCUACCGGAAAGGGCACCCGCAACGCCUUCAAGGAGACCCAUACUAUCUACGGCAGCGUCCCAUACGUCUGGGGUGACCCAAUGUACCAAGUCAGCGGUCUCGCAUCCGCUCUGAAGCCAGGCUUCAUCACCUUCGGCGCGGACGGCAUCGCCAUCUCUCCGGAUUACAACACCCUCUACUUCUCUGUCAUUGGUGGCAGGUUCUUGUACUCCGUCCCUACUGCUGCUCUCCGCGACAGUCGUAAUGGAUAUCAGGCUCGAGCACAAGCCCAAGUCAAGAACCUGGGGGAGAAGGGUAUCAGUGAUGGGUUGGAGACUGAUAGUAACGGGAUUGUGUAUGCCGGGAAUGUUGAGCAGGAUGCUAUCUCGAUGUAUAGCCCUCAGACUACUUAUGCCACGAUCUUUGUGAGGGAUCCGAGGAUUAAUUGGGUCGAUACUAUGAGCAUCGCGAGCGACGGAUACCUGUACUUCACCGUCAAUCAGCUCAAUUACUUGCCGGCGAUCUACCCCGGCCAAGGCUUACCGCUGAUUGAUCGGAGGAAGAGGCCUUUUGUCGCUUUUAGGGCGAAGCUGCCAAAUAACGGGAACAAAAUCUAG